GGAGCGGAGCGGAGCGCAGCGGCGGCGGCUGCCGGGAGAUGCGAGAGCAAACCCGACCGUGAUCACCUUUCCCUCCCCGGGCUGUAAGGGAGCGAGACAGGCCACCGCAGCGAGGCCAAGCCGGAGCCGGCAGCGGCAGGACCCGGGACCCCAGAGCAGCCCCGAGCCACCCGAGACGGAGCACACGCUCCAGGUGAUCGAGUCCACGCCGCUCCCCGCAAGCGACAGGCGACACCCCCGCGCAGCCCCGCCACUCGCUCUGUCCUCCGGGGACAAACUUUUCUCCAAGCCCUUGGACCAAACUUGUCCGCGCGUCACCGUCGCCCAGCGGGGUCCGCGCAGAGCGCUCAUCUUCGGCGAGAUGGCUGAGCGCAAAGAAGGCAGAGGCAAGGGGAAAGGCAAGAAGAAGGACCGGGGAUCCCGCGGGAAGCCCGCGACCGGCGAGGGCGACCCCAGCCCAGCAUUGCCUCCCAGAUUGAAAGAGAUGAAGAGCCAGGAGUCAGCUGCGGGCUCCAAGCUUGUACUUCGAUGUGAAACCAGUUCUGAAUACUCUUCACUCAGAUUCAAAUGGUUCAAGAAUGGGAAUGAGCUGAACCGAAAAAAUAAACCACAAAAUGUCAAGAUACAGAAAAAGCCGGGGAAGUCAGAACUCCGCAUUAAUAAAGCGUCGCUGGCCGAUUCCGGGGAGUAUAUGUGCAAAGUGAUCAGCAAGUUAGGAAAUGACAGCGCUUCUGCCAACAUCACCAUUGUUGACUCAAACGAGCUCACCACUGGCAUGCCAGCCUCAACUGAAAGAGCAUAUGUGUCCUCAGAGUCUCCCAUUAGAAUAUCUGUAUCAACAGAAGGCGCAAAUACUUCUUCAUCCACAUCUACAUCCACAACUGGAACCAGCCAUCUUGUAAAAUGUGUUGAGGAUGAGAAAACUUUCUGUGUAAAUGGAGGCCAGUGCUUUAUGGUGAAAGACCUGUCAAACCCUCCAAGAUACUUGUGCAAGUGCCCAAAUGAGUUUACUGGUGAUCGUUGCCAAAACUACGUAAUGGCCAACUUCUACAAGCAUCUUGGGAUUGAAUUUAUGGAAGCGGAAGAACUCUACCAGAAGAGAGUGCUGACAAUUACUGGCAUCUGUAUCGCCCUGCUGGUGGUCGGCAUCAUGUGUGUGGUGGCCUACUGCAAAACCAAGAAACAGCGGCAAAAACUUCAUGACCGGCUUCGGCAGAGCCUUCGAUCAGAACGGAACAACAUGGUGAACAUAGCCAAUGGGCCUCACCAUCCAAACCCACAACCAGAGAACGUGCAGCUGGUGAAUCAAUAUGUAUCUAAAAACGUCAUCUCCAGUGAGCAUGUUGUUGAAAGAGAAGUGGAGACAUCCUUUUCCACCAGUCAUUACACUUCCACAGCUCAUCACUCCACAACUGUCACCCAGACUCCUAGUCACAGCUGGAGUAAUGGGCACACAGAAAGCAUCAUUUCAGAAAGCCACUCCGUGAUCAUGAUGUCAUCAGUAGAAAACAGUAGGCACAGCAGCCCAGCUGGGGGCCCACGAGGACGUCUUCAUGGCCUGGGAGGCCCUCGCGAGUGUAACAGCUUCCUCAGGCAUGCCAGAGAAACCCCUGACUCGUACCGAGACUCUCCUCAUAGUGAAAGGUAUGUAUCAGCCAUGACCACCCCGGCUCGUAUGUCACCUGUAGAUUUCCACACGCCAAGCUCCCCUAAAUCGCCCCCUUCGGAAAUGUCUCCACCUGUGUCCAGCAUGACGGUGUCCAUGCCCUCCAUGGCAGUCAGCCCAUUUGUGGAAGAAGAGAGGCCUCUUCUUCUUGUGACACCACCAAGGCUACGGGAGAAGAAGUACGAUCACCACUCCCAGCAACUCAACUCCUUUCAUCACAACCCUGCACAUCAGAGUACCAGCCUCCCCCCUAGCCCAUUGAGGAUAGUGGAGGAUGAGGAGUAUGAAACGACCCAGGAGUAUGAGCCAGUUCAAGAGCCUCUUAAGAAACUCACCAACAGCCGGCGGGCCAAAAGAACCAAGCCCAAUGGCCACAUUGCCAAUAGGUUGGAAAUGGACAGCAACACAAGUUCUGUGAGCACUAACUCAGAGAGUGAAACAGAAGAUGAAAGAGUCGGUGAAGACACACCUUUCCUGGGCAUACAGAACCCCCUGGCAGCCAGUCUUGAGGCAGCCCCUGCCUUCCGUCUGGCUGAUAGCAGGACUAACCCAGCAGGCCGCUUCUCCUCACAGGGAGAAUUACAGGCCAGGUUGUCUAGUGUAAUUGCAAACCAAGACCCUAUUGCUGUAUAAAACCUAAAUAAACACAUAGAUUCACCUGUAAAACUUUAUUUUAUAUAAUAAAGUAUUUCACCUUAAAUUAAACAAUUUAUUUUAUUUUAGCAGUUCUGCAAAUAGAAAACAGGAAGAAAAAAACUUUUAUAAAUUAAAUAUAUGUAUGUAAAAAUGUGUUAUGUGCCAUAUGUAGCAAUUU